GGCAAUUCUUGUUCGAUGGAGAUGAAGUAGUUAGCCAUGGAUUAGGAGGCGGGGAAUAAUAUUUUCAGAGAAAGACAACUCUUCAAUCUACAUCAGCCGGUGACCCCUAACAAGUCUUGUUGAAGAAAACACCAUCUCACCAAACCUCAAUAAAGAAAAAAAACUUAAUACAUCCGCCUCGCCGCAAGACGAAGCUCUUCUCGACCGAGAUGGCCGCCAUGAAGCACGCAGCGGCGGGAGGUGGCGGAGGAGGCCGGAAGGGCAACAACCUCUCCGUGUUCGUGGUCGUGUUCUCGAUAUUCCUGUUCGGGGUCUUCAUGUACAACGAGGACGUGAAGUCGAUCGCCGAAUUCCCAUUCUCGUGGCCCAAGAAUCAGGAAAUCCAAGAAGGGUCGGAACCGACCAAGCUUAAUUCCGAGAAGGUUGUGGCGGUGAGUGCUCGAUCGACAAAACAGGAGGCUCUCGAUGAUGCAAAAUCGACAUCACGAAACAAGGAAGAGGAAGAGGAGGAGCAGAAGAUUGAAAUGGCGGUGAUUGAAGAGGAAGAGGAAGACGUAGAAUUGCCACCGCAAGAGUGCGACCUCUUCACGGGGCAAUGGGUCUAUGACAAUGUCACGCACCCUCUGUACAAGGAAGACGAGUGCGAGUUCCUCACAGCACAAGUGACCUGCAUGAGGAACGGAAGGAAGGACUCCAUGUACCAGGGCUGGAGAUGGCAACCGAGAGACUGUUCUCUGCCCGAGUUCAAGCCGAGGUUGCUGCUUCAGAAGCUGAGGAACAAGCGGCUUAUGUUCGUGGGCGACUCGCUGAACCGAAACCAGUGGGAGUCCAUGGUCUGCCUGGCUCAAUCCGUCAUUCCUCGCGGCAGGAAAAGCCUGAGGAAAACCGGGUCCCGCAACGUCUUCAGAAUCGAGGACUAUAACACCACCAUCGAGUUCUACUGGGCACCGUUCCUGGUCGAAUCGAACUCGGACGACCCGAAUAUGCACAGCAUCUUGAACCGCAUCAUCAUGCCCGAGUCGAUAAACAAGCACGGCCGCAACUGGAAGGGCGUGGACUACCUCAUCUUCAACACCUACAUUUGGUGGAUGAACACUUUCUCCAUGAAAGUCCUUCGGGGGUCAUUCGACAAGGGAUCGACGGAGUACGACGAAAUUGACAGGCCGACUGUGUAUGGGAGAGUGCUAAAGACAUGGGCUAAGUGGGUGGAUCAAAAUGUGGAUCCUAACCAUACCACGGUCUUCUUCAGCAGCAUGUCCCCUCUUCAUAUCAAGAGCUUGGACUGGGACAACCCGGACGGCAUCAAAUGCGCCAAGGAGACGAUGCCGGUGUUGAACACGACGGCCCAGCUGAACGUGGGAACGGAUCGGAGGCUGUUCGUCAUCGCCGACAACGUGACCCGAUCCAUGAAAUUGCCCGUGCACUUCAUGAACAUCACGACCCUCUCGGAGUACCGGAAAGACGCGCACACCUCGGUGCACACGAUCCGUCAAGGCAAGAUGCUGACGCCGGAGCAGCAGGCCGACCCCCAGACCUACGCGGAUUGCAUCCAUUGGUGCCUCCCGGGGUUGCCCGACACAUGGAACGAGUUCAUCUACACCCGCAUUUUGCAACACUCUUGACACUUGACCUUCAUUCAUACUUCCUUUUCUUUUCUUUUUUCUUUUUUUGGCCAAUUCGUGUCGAUCCGCGCCUCAGUAUUUGUUUGUUUAAUUCUGUGUAAUUCUUCCUUUUAAAUUCCCCUUCAAAUCUUGUAGCUUCCCAUUGCUCUGUUUCUAGGAUUAGAUGAUCGGCUUUGGCUCUUUGUUCUGCCUGGCGGCUGAGACGGGAGACGAAAUGGGUUUCCUCUCUCAGGCCGAAAGGCGAAAUUUUCUUAAAAGCCCAACGAUUCGGCCAUCUCAUCUUCCUGCUUAAGGGGUCAACGCUCAAUAUCUUGUAAAAGAAUAAGACAGAAGUACAUAAUUCUAUCUCGCUCCA